AUGGACACAGGGGAACCAUCUUAUAGGGAUGGAACCAUUCCAUACGGCCUUGGAUUAUUCUUAAUCCUUUUAUUCUUACUAAUCGCCCUUUGCUAUAGUUCCUAUAUCUAUAAACGUCGAACACCACAGCCAGCUGGCCACAUUUCUUUUAUUACGACCAUCAACAACUACCAUACCGACAACAACCAUCACCACUCUAUAAGAAUCCCUGAUCAAACAGGCAGUGAUGACGACGACGUCCUUAUUGGAAUGCUUCAAACGUAUGUUUACUCUGAAUUAUUAAUAAUGAAGCAGCUUCAUAGGCGAGACGCUUCAAGCUGCUGCUCCGGUUGCACUAUAUGUUUGGCGGAUUAUGAACCUGCAGAUGUUAUACAUUUGUUGCCAGAAUGUGGGCACUUUUUUCACGCCAAGUGUAUAGAUACAUGGUUGAAAGUUCAUCCUACUUGUCCGGUGUGCCGGAAAUCCCCUUUGCCUAUAUUAACUACGAGUAUUAAUGAGUAA